ACUGCUUACCUGUAAGUGGGCGGUGGCUUUACCUGUAGCCGCAGGUGAAGUACGGCACGGCGCGGCGGGGCGAAGGAACCAAUCUCACCGAGCAAAGCUUCAAUAUGAGCCGAAUCUGGCGACGAAAUCGACACGUUUGACCCAUUUUCAGUCAGUGAGUCAAAACAAAGAUCGAUGAAGUGGAGGUUAUAACGCGUCAAAGGGAACAUACUUCACACUCGGGCUACUUCCGCGAUCUUGAACGACUAGAAGUUGCGUUCCAAACAUCUGAAGAUUUCACCCGAGCCUAUGCGGUCCUGAAUGUGCUGAGUUAUGCCUGGCCACAGCACAGGAACGCAUCACAAGACGCGUCCUCAUAGCUCAAGCCGCUCUAGGGCUGAUGGCUACAGGCAGAGCCGCACUUACUCCAAGGACAGCACCACCAGUCAGGAGACCUACAAGGAGAACUACAUUGAGCAACCUCGUAGCAUAGACUUGCAGUUCCCCCGUAAAACCCAUUCUCAUUACGCCAAUGGACGAGGCUCAGAAACCCUGGGCUUUAUCCCAGGCUCCGCCGACUCUCCGCAAGGUACGCAAGCCUGCGGCUCAUGCGCCUCUCUUGGCUGGAGUGGUUGCAAAGCUCUGCUUUGCUGCAUUCUGACUUGUGGGCUUUACGGGUCUCGCAAACCUUGCUUGCCGCCCAACGAGAGCUCCACUGACAACCCUUUAAAAGCUGAGCCAGAACCAAGGAAGCCCAAUGGAUUGGCUCCGUCCAAUCCCACGUGCGGCGUAAGCCUUGAACCGAGUAAACCGAGGCAGUUGCCAAGCUCUAGCUUCAGGUACGGCGACGUCUAUUUUGCUGGCAAGAAAGUGGAGUAUCCUGUCAACUCCGAGGCGCCUCCAAGACGGACCAAAACGGCUGGAAAGGGCGACAACAACCAGCGUUCCAUCAGUAUCUACUCCAGGGAAGAUUUGGAUCUAGAUGACCUGGACGAUGGCGGCACUGACAUCGACUCGCUAAUCACUAAAAAGCUUCUAGAACUUUAUAAAAUGCACCAGAUUGAGCAGCUGGCCAAAUGCACAUCUGACGUGUCCUUCUCCCUUAAAACCAACGAGAUCAGCGAUCUGAUCAACAGCAUUGCUCAGGACUACAACUUGGAGGAGCAAGAAGCGGAGUGUCGGCUGGUGCACGGCGUCAUACGCAUCAGCACCCGCAACAAGUCCUCGAAAGGUUGCAAAAGCAAAGACUAUAAAGCGCAUGAUGCAAUGCAGCAUACUAACGGGAGGAGGGAUGGAACGCUGCCCGACAGUGGGAACGAGACCAUGACCUUCACCUUUAGUGAUGGAGAACCCGAGGUGCUAGUGUCAGAACUGACACAGUCAGAUGAGCUUGCUCGAAAGAUGAGAGGCCACAGCGGGAAAAAUUACUACUCGAGCUCGGCCACAGACUCAUCAGGGGCUCCGCUACUGCGCUAACACGCCAGCUGUUCGCUCUCAAUUAUUACUGCCUAACUAGUGUUCAUCUCUGUCCUUGUGCUCCUCUCAUAUUUCAGUGAAAGCAGUUAUUAUGCUAAGGACAGUUUGUGUUUGUCUGAAUGCCCAAAGACUGCUGUCGUCCCACAGCUUCUGUCAUGAGUGUAAAUACAUUGCACUUGAUGGUUUCCUACAGCCCUCGCCAGAAGCCAUGUGGAUAGUUACAUAAUGAUGGACAAGUUUCCAGACCAAGCCAUUGGCAUCAAACGGUUUCUAAGUAUUGCUUCUAAUGAUCCUUUUAGAGACAAGAGACACUGCUAUCAUCCUAAGUGGUGAUGUAUCUAGGAAAUAUGCAUGUAUUCAGCACUGAUUAAUAGCAACAACGAGACUUAAACUAGUUGCCAUUCAUUGGAGUGCUUUGCUCUAGUAGCCCGUCCUUCAAAUGUCGCCCCACUGAACAAUUUGUCCGCCUUGUUCUUUGUUUAAACCAUUUAAUGUUGUUUUGGGACUGUAUAGAUUUUUU